AUGACCGACGACAACACACUCACCGACAGCUUCUCGGUCCUCGAGCUGGCCUCGACCGCCACCGAGGCCGACAUCAAGCGCGCCUACCGCAAGCUCUCGCUCAAGCUUCACCCGGACAAGGUCGCAAAGGACGUCGACCCCGCCCUCGCAGCCGCACGCUUCCACCAGCUCAACCUCGCCUACGAGACCCUCAUGGACCCAGCAGCCCGCGCAAAGGCCUCGGAAAAGUCGAAACACGACGCAGAGAAGCGCGCGCGCCAGGAAAAGUACCAGGGAAAGCGCAAGCAGAUGGCCGACGAGCUCGAACGGGACGAGCGCGAGGCAAACAAGCGCAAGCAGAUGGAGCGCCAGAGGGAGAGGGAGAAGAUCGACGAGCUGGAACAGCUAAAGGAGCAGGGAAUGCGUCUAAAAGAGGAGCGCAGGAAGGCGGCGGCAGCAGCUCAAAAGCCAGCUACGGCAUCCGAUCCAGCGCCACCACCUCAGCGGUCAGCGCCUCCCACCUCGUCAGCGUUCGAGUCCACGACGUCGUCGUCGUCAACGCCAUCACCACCUCCACUCGGUCCACUCGACCUCACCACUCUGCUACGCUUUCCCACGACCCACUACAACUAUUUCGCCGGCCACGAGCCAGGGAUAGACGACUCGGCCUCAUCCUCGACCAUCGACGUCGCCGCCCUGCUUCCGCCGGCCGAUCCGCUCGCGACUCCGCUCGCAGGCGCCCUCGCAGACGCGUUCGGCCCGCUCACCGACCUGCGCUUCCAGCUGCCCGACCCGGCAAAGGCAAGCAAGAAGAAGUCCAAGCGCAGCCGUAGUGAGCUCACCGCAUUUGCAUCCUUUGCCAGCUUUGACGAUGCCUGGGCCGCAGUCAAGCUCGGCGGCCAGCUAGCCUGCCCUGGCGAGGUGCUGGCCGACGUAUGGAUCGGAUGGGCCGCCGUUGCCACCAUGGCCAAGGGCAGCGCCGCUCCGACCGACGGCGAUGUCGAUGGCGUGCCGCUACGGGUGCGCUGGCACGAGCAUCACGGGAUCGACGACCCGCGCGACUUGCGACGGAAAGCCCAUCAGCCGCCGCCGCCACCAUCGCCGCCGUCUCGAACUGAUGCGUCUGCUGCGACGGAUCGACCAACCGACCCCGGCGCGGUGCCCGCCUUCAGGUUCAAAUCGACGGCCAUGCCCUCGUUCUCGUCCUUCGGCGCCGGCGCCAGCGGCAAGGCCAAGGUCAAGACGGCUGCGGAUGCAGGCUACGUCAUCGACGUCGACUACGAGAACGCCACCCUGCAGCGCCUCCGCGACGCCGAGCGCAAGCGGCUCGAAGACGAGAUACUUCGCGCCGAGAACGCCGACAAUCAUCCGUGA